AUGGCCGCAUUGAUGCUGGCCGAAGCUGCGUGCAUCGAGGGUGCACCACCACGUGCCCCUCCGCGUCCUCGACCUCGGGCCGAGAAGAAGUUGUUUAGCUCGGGCCUACGGGCCCGGCUGAUAUCGAGGAUCUGCUCGACCUCAGUGGCACGCUUCUCAGCUGCUUGCCAUGUGGUGAAAGUCUCGAGCUCGAUCUUUCGGUAUACGCAGGAGGGGAUGCUGCUCAGGUACUUGUCGCGUAGCUCCAGGUCCCCAUACCCAGAGCGAUCCACCGGACCCUUGAACAGCGUGGAGAACUCUGCAGCGGCAGCAGUGAAGGCUGCUUCGUUCCUGCAGGGGGUCGUGACCCCUUGCACACCCAUCUGCACCGAUGCAAGCUGGGCAAACGAUUCUUGCCAUCAUAUCGAAGUGGGAGGAGGAGCUUCAGGGUCUCUUUGUCAGGGGCGGUCGUGGUGGGAGACAUUAUCAGCGCCGGGGGGAACGGAGGACGCUGCGGGGGCGGAGGCAGCUGUGGUGGCCCUCCGCUGGUCGAACUUUGAGAGGAGCGAGUGCUCAAGCGGCCUCUCAGCGGAGUCGGCGGUGAAGGCACCAGAGAAAGUUCGGCGGGGGGUCUGGAGGGAGAUCUCCUCGUACUUGACUGGAUUUGGCAACAGUUUGGGGAAGGCGGGAGCUGGGGGAGACAGGGCGAGAGUGCUGCGAGGCGGAUCGAGAUGCAAGGGUGCUUCGAGGACCGAGCGGAUGUUGCACUCGUCGGAUUGCCUUGUAGCGGGGGUAAUCUUCUGCGAUCGAUUGGGGUGUCCGGUUGGGGCACGGCUGCUGCUCGCAACGGUAGAUGAUAGUCUCAGGGCCGUCUGGGAUGUAGACGUCGAUGAGGUCCUGAGAGUCGAAUGCGUGAACUUGGCCUUGGCAGGCAGCCACGUUGGAUGGGGGGAGGAAGGGGAGGAACCUAGUCCACACAUCCGUAACGACAAGCACCGCCCACUGAAGUGCAGUGGUGGCGAUGUAUGUAUGCUAUCUAUGUAUCGUAGAGGACAAGAGGUCGAAACUGAGAUCCCUAGGGCAGCAGAGGCCAGCUUAUAUACAUGGGGAGAUAAGGGCAGGCUGUGCGCACUGGUCCGUGCGCAGCUGGUCCAUGCACAGCAUGCUGACGCGGCCCCGGGGGCUGGUGAGUCAGAGCAGCUGUGUCAGCGGAACCUGAGCUGUGCCGUGCACUGCUGCCCCAAUUAA